AUGGAUCCCCAGACAGAGAGACCCAAGAGAAUGAACACAGAACAUCUAAUUGCUGACAGGCAGGAAGGAAUUGGUGUCUGUGGCUGGAUCCUGGUUUCCCUUUCAUUCCUCCUGGUGCUUAUUACCUUUCCUUUUUCCAUCUGGGCAUGUAUCAAGGUUGUCAGAGAAUAUGAACGUGCUGUUGUAUUUCGUCUGGGACGUAUUCUGUCUAAGAAAGCAAAGGGACCAGGAAUGAUCCUUGUACUUCCAUUUACAGAUACAUUUAUCAAGGUUGAUCUCAGGACAGUUACCUGUAAGAUUCCUCCACAAGAGAUUCUCACGAGGGAUGCUGUUACUGCUCAGGUGGAUGGGGUGGUGCACUACAGGAUCCACAGCGCUGUCAGUGCUGUUGCCAAUGUCACUGAUGUCCACUCUGCGACCUUGCUUCUGGCACAGACAGCCCUGAGAAACUUUCUGGGUACACAGAGCUUGGCUCAGCUGCUGACAGGUCGUGAGGAGAUUGCACACAGUAUCCAGGCUGCCCUCGACAGUGCCACGGAGCAGUGGGGAGUCAAAGUGUCCCGUGUGGAGAUCAAAGACAUCCGGAUCCCCAUGGCCAUGCAGAGGGCAAUGGCAGCUGAAGCAGAGGCUGCUCAAGAGAAAAAAGCUAAGGUUGUGGCAGCUGAAGGAGAAAUGAAUGCUUCCAAAGCUCUCCAGAAGGCCUCCAUGGUGCUGGCUGAGUCUCCAGCAGGUCUGCCACUGCGUUACCUGCAAACAUUAACAGCUGUGGCAGCACAGAAUAAUUCCACCAUUGUCUUCCCUCUCCCUAUGAAUAUGUUUGGGAGUUUGGGGCAAAAACGUACAGGGGGAUAG